AUGCCAAAAAGUGUUACAGAAGACUAUACGAGGUCUAGUGAGAAACCUAGGAGUACCAGCAGAAGUACUACAGGGUUGCAGGUACCCCUACACUUUGCCAUCCACAAGCCAGGAUGCCACUUCGAGAGCUGCUGUGGAGUCUGCAACCUCUUCCCAGGAGUUCUUCUGAUAGCUUUCGCACAAGUCCUGAUCGGAUCCGUCUUGCUUACCCUAAUACUGACUCAUGGAGGCUACUAUGAUGAGAUGCAUAAAACGCCUGCCUCGCAAUUCAUCAGUACAGCAACUGGCAUCGUUCUGAGCGGCAUCACCGGCGCAGGAAUUCUCCUCAUCGUGGUCGCCUUGACGGAGAACUGCAGGGCUAUGCUGGUAUACCUCCUCGUCGCAACUCUAGUCUGGCUGGGUCUGGUGUCUUUGGCUGUCACCAAGAUUGGACGAGCUUGUGUCAGGUUUAAAGAUGCUCCUAAAAUAAAAGACGAGCAACACAGACUGGCUAACUUGGCGUGUGUUAGUGGUCUGCUCACAUUCCUUGGCGCAGUUGUAUACUUCUUCUCCAUCGUGGUAGUAUUCAGCUUCUACCAUUUCCGAUACGUCCGACGAGCCAUUCUUCUCCACGAAAACGAGUGCGAGUGACUUCGGCUUUCGUCCUUCGGCAUUCGGCCUUCGGCUUUCGGCGGGCUUGACGAAGAUUUCUAAAUUAAUUAUAGUAAAUGGGAAUUUUA